UUUUCCAUAUGAUAAGUGCUCAGAUACUGUGUGGUAUGGAACAGCACACCGAUAUUUGUAAUGGGGGGAAUCACUUGAGGCUUCAGUGAUAUUUGCCUAGAAAGAGUUAAUUUCCUGUACAGCAUUUUAGAUGUGAAUUCUUUGAAGGUCUCUGAGUGGAAGUUUGAGUUUUUCCACUAAAGCGGUAAGUUGGCUUUGGAUGACAGUGUGACUUAUUGCAUGGCACAGAGAAAAGACAGGCUUAGGAGAAGUCAGUGUGACACUGAGAAUGAUGGAAACUGGCACAGCAGUUCAGGGAACAGGGAGAAGGGCAUGAACAGGACAGGACACAUCAAAGAAGUCAUUAAUCUUGCCAAAUCACACGCCAGAAUAAUGUCAUACAAUGAAAGAAAAACAUGAAGAUAUUCCAGAAAAUACAGAGAGAUUUACAUGAAUUCCAGUUAACUGGGAAAGAGAAGUAUUUACAUCUGCUUUAAGUACAGUGAUAGCAGAAGGCUUGCUAGUUGGGAAAAAGAAAGGGGGAAGGCUUAACUUUGAGGGGAAAAAAGUCUCACAGACUGAGGGUAGAAUAAGGAGUAAUUUUGGAGUGCCUGCAUGCACAGUAGGGAAGAUAGGUAUCUUGGGUUUUUAUUUUUGCUGUCUGAGAGGUUGAGGUGUUGACAGCUUGCUGGAGGGAACAAGGCAAGGGGAUGGGUGAGAAGAGAACUCAAUUUCUUAUUUUAAUUGAGGAAUAGGAGACUGCAGAUGAUGUUGCCUGUGGGUAAUAGGAGAAAGCUGACAAACUUUGCUCACAGAGAGAAGAGUAGUUGGAGUCAUUAGAUAUGCCAAGGGAGCAAGUGAGAGAAGUAACAAAGUAAGCUACUGCUGCAGUGAUUUAUAAUAGCACUGAGCAGCUUAAAAGUGCCUUUUUGAAAUAUGGAAUGCUCUAAGAAGGAAGGAAUGAGGAAUGUGACAUGGGAACUGGAAGGAUGUGAAGAAGUUUGUUUCGUGGUCAUACACUUCAGUGAACUUGAGCUUCAAAGGUAGAAGUGAAGAGGGCACAAAGAAGGAAAAGUAAAAUGUGAAAUUAACUUCAUAAUUGGAAGUGUGAUGAGAAGUAUUCCUGUGGCAUGUCAAGAGAGGAAAGGAUGCAGGGGCAAGAGACAUUAAGUUGGAAAGGACCUGGGGCAAUGAGCCAGGAGGAGGAGCCAGAAAACAGGACAGCACAACAGAUGUGUGGGGAUUUGGGGACCACAUCUGGACAUACAAGAAAGUACCAGUUACACUGUCCAGCCUGAUGGUAUUGAAUGGAGAAGGAAGAGAAACUGGAAACAUUUGGGUUUGAUUUGUUGGGGGGUUUUUUUUGUUUUUUUUUUAAACUGAGUAACGAGUGCAAGCUGUCUUCUAAGUAUUUUAGAAGGAAAAGAGCUUAACUACUGGAAAUUAAAUGAAGACUAAAAGGAAGCUUCAGAUUAAGGAGUGUUUAAGGGUAGACUGAUUACCGAAGCAAAUAAAUACGAACUUUAUGAAGUCCAAAGUUAAGGCAGCUGUGGGAUUUAACUGUCAUGGAUUGUCACUGCCCGGAUAAGGGAGGAAGGCAGAAGGAUACCAAUAGCAACUCUGCUGUCUUCAGCUCAUGAAGCUGAAAUACUGAUCAGAACUGGCAAAUGUACAAUCAUAAUUAAAAAGCACUGCUGCAGCCAUCUGAUUUCAACAUGCCAUGAUAACUGUUACUUGAGAGGCUGUCUCAUGACUCAAUGAUGAAUGCACAGCACAAUGUGCUGUAUUGCCUGUGUACCACCCAAAUACAAAAGUAUUUUAUUGGUGUAUAAUGGAAACAUUUUUAUGCAGCUGUUCUUUGUACAGGCACAGAAAUGCACCAAUGGAAUAAAACAAUAGUUUUAGUAGAUGGGAAUAACAAAGAUGAGUGUGUACAAUUCUGUGAAGCCUUUUGUUGUUCUGGUAGCUUCUAGUGUUAUCUAGCACUUCCCCAUUUAACUUUAGUUAAUUAUCAAACCUGAUGGGUUUGAUUUUAAAAAUUACUUUAUUUUAGUCCAUGCUUUGUCCUGAUUCUGCUCUUAGGCUCCUCACUGGGAUCUCCUGUGAAAUUGCAUCCUAGUGCUUGGCAUGUCUUGUAAACCCUUAGGUGCUUUCAAUGAUGUUUUAUAACCACUGAUUAGUUAAUUGGGGUGGAAGGAUGACAGGCUUUUUUCAGCAAACAAAUUUUUGACAGUUCAUUGUUUAAAAUCACAAUGAAGACUGACAGAAUACUUAUAGGAACAUGUAUUGACUUUCCUUUUUAGAAAGGACCAAAUAUUAGAAAUUUUCACCUGUGUCUUGAAUUAAAAUGUUUCUACUACGAUUGUAAAAUUCUUGCAAUAUAUAUGACAGUUGAAUACUAAGGAAAGGGAAGUUAUCUGCUGGCAUUUUCUGGAGCUGAUUUGCAGACAGCCUUGUGGCUUAAGUUAUAGUCAAGAUGCACUUACUAGAACAUGAAGAUACUCAGCCAUUAACACUGCCAACACUAAACUACGUCCCUGAAUGCCAUCAACUCCAUGGAUGGUGACUCAUCUGCUUUCCUGGACAGCCUGUUCCAGUGCUUCACGAUGCUUUCAGUGAAGAAAGUUUCUCGUAAUAGCCAGUGUAAACUGCCUGUGGCACUGAGGCCAUUGGCUCUUGCCCUGCUGUUUAUUACUUGAGAGAAAAGAGUGACCCCCACCUUGCUAUAACCUCCUUUCAGGUGGUUCCAGAGAGCAAUAAUGUCUCCUCAGUCUUUUCUUGAGGCUCAAGAAACCCUCUUGGCUCAGCUGCUCCUCCUGAGGUUUGUGCUAUAGGGUCCCACAACAUGAGCCCCCGAAGGCCUGUAGAGGCCCCUGAGUUCUCUUCACCCACUGCUGGAGCCUCACCUCUAUCUGGAUGCACUUCGAUGGCUCCUGGCAGAUGGCCUUGUAUGCAGAGGCUUCAGGUUUUUGCUUUUCUUUCUGCACUGCUCCAGAGUAGAAGUAUUGCCUGUGUCUCCCUGGCGGUUGCAAAGGUCGCCCAUGGCACAGUUAGCCAAGGUCUUAUAAAGUUUCAUCCGAAGCAACAAUACUGUUUGACUGCAGAAUGCAUUGAAGCUGCUGCUGGCAUCCUGAGCAAGAUAAAUCAAUCUGUAGAUCCGUGUGAGAACUUCUAUCGAUUUGCAUGUGAUGGCUGGAUAUAUAAUAACCCUAUUCCUGAAGAUAUGUCCAAUUAUGGUGUUUAUCCCUGGCUGAGACACAAUGUGGACCUCAAACUAAAGGCAUUGCUAGAGAAACCCGUCAGCAAAAGACGAGACAGUGAAGCUGUACAGAAGGCCAAGAUCCUUUAUGCAUCCUGCAUGAAUGAGAAUAAAAUUGAAAAAGCUGAUGUGAAACCACUGUUAAGUAUACUGAAGCAUUCACCUUUCCGCUGGCCUGUGCUGGAAUCCAAUAUUGGACCUGAAGGACUGUGGUCAGAAAGGAGGUUCAGCUUAGUCCAAGCCUUGGCAACUCUUCGUGGCCAAUACAGCAGCUCUGUCUUUAUCCGUUUGUACGUGGCUGCUGAUGACAAAAUCUCCAAUCGCUACAUCCUGAAGCUUGAUCAAGCAAGCCUCUCUCUGGCAUCUCGAGAGGAUUACCUAGAAAAUACCACAGAAGCCAAAUCUUACCGAGAUGCCUUUUUGCAGUUCAUGGUUGAUACAGCAGUGCUUCUGGGUGCAAAUGCCUCCCGAGCCGAAUCUGAUAUGAAAUCAGUUCUAAAAUUGGAAGUUAAAAUAGCAGAGAUCAUGAUUCCAUAUGAAAAUCGAACAAGUGAGGUGAUGUACAAUAAAAUGAACAUCUCAGAGCUUAGUGCCAUGAUUCCACAGUUUGACUGGCUGGGAUACAUCAAGAAGGUGAUUGACAGCAAACUCUAUCCUGAGCUUAAAGAUAUAGGUCCUUCAGAAAAUGUGAUUGUCCGUGUUCCCCAGUACUUCAAAGAUCUAUUCAGGAUACUAGAAAAUGAAAGGAAAAAGACUCUUGCCAAUUACCUGGUAUGGAGGAUGGUUUAUUCAAGGUUAUUUAACCUCAGUAGACGUUUUCAGUAUCGGUGGCUGGAGUUUUCUCGGGUGAUCCAUGGGACUACAACUUUGCUGCCUCAGUGGGAUAAAUGCGUGGACCUUGUAGAAAAUGCCCUCCCCUAUGUUGUGGGUCAAAUGUUUGUGAAAGCCCAUUUUCAAGAAGACAAGAAAAAGAUGAUGGAGGAAUUGACUGAAGGAAUUCGCUGGGCUUUUAUUGACUUGUUAGAAAAGGAAAAUGACUGGAUGGACUCUGAAACAAAAAGAAAAGCUCAUGAGAAGGCAAAAGCAGUUAUGGCGAAAGUUGGUUACCCUCAGUUUAUAAUGAAUGACACAUAUAUUAAUGAAGACAUCAAAACACUGAAGUUUACAGAAAGUGAUUAUUUUGGCAAUGUAUUGCAAACUCGCAAAUACGCAGCACAAUCUGAUUUCUACUGGCUUAGAAAAGAAGUUCCAAAAACAGAGUGGUUUACAAGCCCAACUACUGUAAAUGCUUUUUAUAGUGCAUCUACCAACCAGAUCAGAUUUCCAGCAGGAGAACUUCAAAAGCCUUUCUUUUGGGGAACAGAGUAUCCUAGGUCCUUAAGUUAUGGUGCCAUAGGAGUGAUUGUUGGCCAUGAGUUUACUCAUGGAUUCGACAGCAAUGGUCGGAAAUACGACAAAAGCGGAAAUCUAAACCCUUGGUGGACGACUGACUCUGAAGAAAAAUUUAAAGAGAAGACAAAAUGCAUGAUUGACCAAUACAACAAUUACUACUGGAAACAGGCUGGCUCACAUGUGAAAGGGAAGAGAACUUUGGCAGAAAACAUUGCAGAUAAUGGAGGUUUGCGAGAAGCUUUCAGGGCAUACAGGAAAUGGAUUGCAGAAAAAAGGGGAGGAGAAGAAGAGCCUUUACUGCCAGGCCUUGAGUUCACACAUAACCAGCUUUUCUUUCUGAGUUAUGCCCAUGUAAGAUGCAACUCCUUUAGACCGGAAUCUGCGAGGGAGCAAAUAUAUACUGGAGCUCACAGCCCUCCUCAGUUCAGAGUAAUCGGAGCCAUGAGCAACUUUGAAGAGUUCCGCAAAGCUUUCAAUUGCGCAGCGAACACGACGAUGAACCGCGGGGCAGAGUCCUGCCGACUCUGGUAGCUGUCCAGCUCUCCUGCCAGGAGGAGGCUGCAAUGUGAACUGCUCAGGCCCAUUGCCAGAGUUUCAGAAUGAUGGUCUGAAAUCUGGAGAGGUGUUACUUCAAAUGCAUCUUCUUCAUCCUGAUGCUCCUCAUGCUGAUGAUCCGCAUGGAUCUGAUCAUUCCCUAUUUAGAGCCUAGAAACAUUCCAAAUAGAAGAGCUUUUCUUUAAGUAUAACAAUAAAAAGUAACUCCUUUUAACCAUAAAA